AGGACUCAACGGAAGGAUGUUCCGCUUUUUGGUUAUGCUCGAUCCCAAUGUCGACGUUUUCAUUUCAAGGGACUCGUACAGUGUCAUCUUGCAGAGAGAAGUCGACGCUGUUGACGAAUGGCUCCGCUCCAAUUACACCUUUCACGUUAUGAGGGAUCACCGGUUUGACGAGAGCUAUGAUACUGGCCGGCCAAGAUGAGAAAAAAUAUAUAGAUCAAACUUUGUUGGAUAAAAUCGUGUGGCCUUCAGCCCAGUAUGAUGUGAUGUCUCAGACAGCUACCAUUGCCAAAGAGAUGAACUCAAAAAGAAGUCUCCGCUAAAAGUCUUACCGUUUCCCACAAUGCGCAACGGCAGUUACUUCAUCGGUGGUGUUGGUGAAAAUUCUAAUGAAACCCCAUCAAAAUGUCCAGAAGCAUGUCGACCACCAGAUCACAAGGACUGGGAAUACUGUUGAUAUAUCUAUUUAGUCAAAAUCAGUUCGCAAAUACAAUGAAAGUUGCCCAGUUUCCAAUAAAAUAACAUGAAAUACUGCUGUCGCGUAUACAGUUGCUUAUAAUCAACGUUAAAUAAUCGAACUGGAUUCCUGGAAAUGACGUUUAGUAAACGACUAGCUAUAUGAAAAACGGCGAAAAACGUUAAAAGCGUCACCUUUAUAUUCCUUACAUAAAUGUUACCCCCCAAAAUUGCUGUCGGUUUGAAACCUCUGUUCAGUUUGCUGUUGGGACUACCGCACUGUCGUCGGAGUGUGUUCAGUGUGACGACAGUGCACGUUUUUUUCUAGAGGCCGUAGAGGCUUAAUUGUAUGAAAUAGAGGGCCUCAAAACUGCACCGCCGAUCGACCACAGCAACGCAAAACCCCCGCAAAAGCCACCCGUGACAAAACUUACAAAUAAUAUCUUCUUAUUGUCAGAAACUGUCUAUGAGCAGGAAAUAGAUUUAUUGGCUGAUUUAGUCUGGCUUUCGCUUGCCAGUCGUCCAUACGCGCGUCUGGGACGUUCCACAAGUUGCAAUUUCAACGAGACGUUUUUCUUAUUGUUUUUCUCCCUCAUGGCGAAAACGGAAGGAAGCAACGAUUCUAGCGAUAGUGACGAAGCUAGUCAGACUGCGGGAGAACCGAAUUCCGUGACCGUUAUCCGGUUGAAAAAGGGGCAAGAUGAUAAGCCACCGGCGUCCUGGUGGCAAAAGAAGAAAGAGCGCAUUUUUCGAAAGAAAACGCUGUACAUGCGCGUACCAAUCCUGAAAUGGCUGCCAAAAUAUUCCCUCCAGGAUUUCGUGGCCGAUCUAGUGGCCGGCAUCACUGUCGGAGUCACAGUGAUCCCACAAGGAUUAGCUUACGCAACCGUGGCCGGACUUCCUCCUCAGUAUGGUCUGUACGCGUCAUACAUGGGCUGCUUUGUUUAUCUUCUAUUUGGAAGCACGCCCGUCGUCACUAUCGGCCCGACGGCUCUCAUGUCUCUCGUCACAUACGAUUCCGGGGCGGCGCUAAUGGGUCCCGAAGCGGCCAUACUCUUAGCUUUCAUAACCGGAUGCAUCGUUCUUCUCUUUGGGCUUCUCAAUUUCGGGUUCUUGAUUGACUUUAUCGCGGCUCCAGUCGUGGCUGGGUUCACUAGCGCCGCCGCUUUUACCAUAGCCACAACUCAGAUCGAAGCUCUACUCGGGUUGAAAUUUGACGACGAAGGUUUCCUCAAUACGUGGAUCGCGGUGUUUGAACACAUCGGUGAGACCAAAAAAUGGGACGCCGUUUUGGGUUUCUCUUCCAUCGCCAUUUUACUUCUCCUCCGGAUUCUCGAUCAAGUCAAAUUGGGUAAAGAAGGCGAGAGGAAUCGAUGGCAAAAUUGGUUCAACACGGGAUGCUGGCUGAUUUCGGUUUCCCGCAACGCCAUCGUCAUCGUCGUUGCGUCGAUUAUUGCUUACGUUCUUACAGAGCCGGGACGAAGUGAUUAUCCUUUUACGCUCACUGGUGACAUUCCUAGCGGAUUUCCUCCUUUCAAACUUCCCGCGUUCUCCUUCCAGAAUGGCGAUGAGACAUACUCGUUCGUGGAGGUAUGCAGAAAUCUAGGCUCAUCUCUUUACAUCAGUCCUUUGGUUGCCGUUCUCGAAUCAAUCGCCAUCGCCAAAUCUUUAGCCAAAGGGAAAAGAAUUGAUGCCAGCCAAGAGAUGAUUGCCAUAGGGACGAGCAACAUUUUGGGCUCUUUUGCGUCAUCUUAUCCGAUCACUGGCUCUUUCUCUCGCACAGCUGUCAACGCCGCCAGUGGCGUACGGACACCUUUCAAUGGAAUUUAUACCGCCGUUUUGGUGCUUUUGGCCAUUUCGGUCUUGACGCCGUACUUCUUCUUCAUUCCGAAAAGCUGCUUGGCGGCUGUCAUCAUCUGCGCCGUGAUUUUCAUGGUGGAAAUCAGCUUAAUGAAAAUGGUCUGGAAGUCAAAGAAAAUCGAUUUGGUUCCGUUUGGAGUCACAUUCGUCUUUUGCGUCUUCGUUGGACUUUCCCAAGGCAUUCUAAUUGGCACAGCUGUCAAUCUGGGCAUGCUCUUGUACAGCACGGCUCGACCACGGAUUAGAAUUCACAAAAUCAAGAAUCCAACGACCGAAUAUCUGCUCAUAGCCCCGGAUCGCAGCUUGGUGUUUACAGCUAUGGAAUAUUUCAUGUCGAGUGUUCGCAAGGCCUCGGCGCUUUAUCCCGGCAUAAUCGUCAUCAUCGACAUGAGCCACGUCUCGGCGGCGGAUUUCACUACUGCUUACGGAUUCGACAACAUGAUCAAGAGUCUGCAGAAACACGGCCACAAACUCGUCUUGACUAAGACCAAACCAGAAAUUUUGCCCAUUUUGUCUGGCAUAGGCUGCGACCUGCACGUCCACAGCGACGGAAUGGAUCUAGACGCACUACUUAAAGAGAUUACCUUGACAACUUCAAUAAUAACGCCUAAAGUGUCAUCAUCUUCAUCGUCUUCCAGUAUUAGCAGCAAUUCGGAGGAUUGUGUUGAAGUUGAAGUAACGUCCCCCACCUGCUCGGAUUGAUGUCGACAUCAAACGUCUAUGUGGUGAAAUAUAACCAUCUCUGAGUUUUGUGCAGGGGUACGAAAUCAAGUACUAAAUUUGUCUUAAUGCUAUCCUAAACUGAUGAGAUUGCGUUAUUUAAAUAACAUCACAUCAAUCCUUGUUGGACGACGUUUAAAUAUUUGUGCAUAGUUUCAACCCACAACCUCUUCUUUGUCAAAACACCUAAUAUGUGAGAUCACAUUUCUAUAUAGAGAAAAAUCAGAAAAAAUCUAAUCAUAGUUUUGUAACUUUCUUGUGUUCAUUUAUUAGAGUAAAUAUAUGUAUCACUUGGCACGAGCUAUAAGUCUGUGAGACUGGCACGUAUCCAUAUAUUGCUAUGUAUAAAAGCUCUAUUAUAUAAGGUGAGCAUGCACAAUCAAUACCCACAGACCUUGACAACUUCCGCCUUUCUGGCCCAUUAUUCCGUUUGCCAAUAGGUUUUUUGUUGGUUUAACAAGCUAAUAAUAAGCUGCGGGCCGUAUGUAUCAUGCAGGUUCGGCAAGCGUAAAUUCAUUCUUGGAAUGAAAAGACGGCAAAUGAAGUGCAUAUAAAUUUCGAGGUGGAUACUUAUUUAAUAAGCAAUAAACUUGAAUACAACGAGCAGCUUGCUAUAA